GUAACUCACAUGAAUAUCUACCAAACUCUGCAGUGGCAUGUGCAGAAAAUUACUGUACAAAGAAAGCUCGGUUCAUGCGAAUGUAAAAAGUAUUGUUGCUUAUUUCCUGAUUAUCACCGUGUGAGCUCGCGAGUCUGUCCCGGGUGAAAGCAGCAGCAUGGUCGACAGCGUGUUUAGGACCCGCUCUCUCGGCGUGGCCGCCGAGGGUCUUCCUGAUCAGUAUGCUGACGGCAAAGCAGCCAAGGUGUGGGAGCUGUACAUCGGAGACACUCAGAGUAGGACGCAGGAAUACAAAAGCUGGGUGCUGUCUCUGCUCAGAGGGCAGGGCGUGCGGAGAGUGCUGGACGUAGCCUGUGGAACAGGGGUUGACUCCAUCAUGUUGGUGGAAGAGGGUUUUAACAUGGUGAGUGUGGAUGCCAGCGAUAAAAUGCUCAAGUAUGCGCUGAAGUCAAGAUGGGAGAGAAGAAAAGAACCAGCUUUUGACCAAUGGGUUAUUGAAGAGGCCAACUGGUUGACAUUACAAGAGGAUAUUCAGAAACCAGGGGAUGGAUUUGAUGCCGUUAUCUGCCUUGGCAAUUCAUUUGCCCACCUACCAGAUUUUAAAGGGGACCAGAGUGACCAGAAACUGGCCCUACAGAACAUCGCAAGUAUGGUUAGACCAGGUGGGAUCCUCAUCAUUGACCAUCGCAACUAUGACUACAUCCUGGAGACUGGCCGGGCACCACAAGGCAAAAAUAUAUACUAUAAGAGUGAUCUAACUCAGGACAUCUCCACCUCAGUGCUGUGGGUCAACAGUAAGCCCCAUAUGAUCACCCUGGACUACACCAUCCAUGUGCCCAAGGCCACACACCACGAUCUUCCUGAAAUAAGUAAAUUCCGUCUGUCCUACUAUCCUCAUCGCCUGGAAAGCUUCACAGCUUUGCUGAACGAGGCCUUCAGCGGUAAAAUGGAGCACAGUGUCUAUGGAGACUUUAAGACCUAUGUCCCUGGAGAGACCCAGGCCCCCUGCUAUUUCAUCCACGUCUGUAAGAGGAAAGCCUGAAAGCCACACCAACCAGCUUUCCUGCUGUGUGACUGAACAAUCACACAGCAAGAAAAAAUCAUAUUUGUGUCUAUGUCACAUAGGCAUAUCUCCCACAGUGUAUCCCAGUAAAAAUGAUUUUAGAAGUAAUGUUUUAUAAAUAUUUCCUUUUAUGUUACCUGUCAAAAAAAUCUGUCAGGUUACUGGAAAAAAAUAAUUUUAUAAUAUUUAGAGAAAAUGUAUUAAUUAUUUAUACUCAAUUCAUCCUUAAAUCAUGAACCUUCCAGUUCCCUGGUGUAGCUCUGCCAGUAUAAAUGCUGCCUUAUCUUUGUACAGGGGUUGUUUUCAACACCUUCUUUUUAAUUGGGCUGUAACAAACACUGGUGGAAGGAUGGUAUCCAUUUCUAGUGGACCACUGUAUCCCUCACUUAUUCCAAAGCUGCACCUUUUAUGUUCUCCUCUUCCCCUGCUUUGCUUCUCUGUACUUUUACGUCUACUAUGAACACAUUUUUCAGAAUGACAUUGUUGUCCUCAUGGCAUACUUGAUGUGGGUUGCCAGUUAAGUUUAGCGUGCUAUGACACAUUUUUGGACAGUUUUAUUUUUUAGUUACCACUCAAGUCUUAAACUUUGCGAGUCCAUCUCUGUUCUGUGUGAGUGUAGUAGUCUUUUAGGUUGUUUCCACCAAGCGGUCCGGCUCAGUUCGGUGCGGAACGGCACGCUUUUUUUGUGUUUCCAUAGAGCAAAAGUUGACAAGGGUCCCAAAAAAGCGACCCGUACCGUCCCACUUUUCGGCACCCUUCCAUAGGGUCACCAAUCUUACCUAUCCGUACCAAAAAGGUGGAGCUACACACAACAACAGGGGGUUGUACUGACGUCACGUCAGCACGCGACUCAGCUGCUCGGCUCCGGGCUGCAAAACAUGAAGUCUGCUCUGUGAGGAGCGGGUGAAAACAGGAGAAUAACGGACUAAUAUCUUCUUAAAUCAGGGAUUUUUGGACUCAACAGAGAUCCAAACUGUCUGUGGAUAUUGAUAUCUGCCCACAAAUCAGUUUUCCUGAUGUUUAUCUGGACCCGAUUUUAAGAACACAAAUCAGAGCCUGAAGGCUCACAUCAGCCUGGUUUGUGAUGGAUGUGAAACUAAAUUAAUGCUGAAGUUUUGUGAAUACAAAGCCUUAGAUCAGUUCAUUCUCUUCUGUAACUAGUUACUAAUCUACUUCUAACUUAAGGUAACCUGUGAAAACAUCACUCUGUGGUUGCUGGACGUGUUUGUAAAACUUCAGGCUGCAGACUAUUUUUAAAUGAGAUCAGCACACCCAG